UCUCUCCGUCCAGUUAUCGAGGUUUGGUUCACCAUGUUGGAUCAAAUGUUCAUCAUGAUGUCGCUGUCUAUUUAACAGCCUAUCACGCCGGGGACAAGUAACCGUUGUGGACUAAAAGUGGAGCUCUCUCACGGUGCUGUCGAUGACAACAGGACUCCGCGACACUUUCUCGAGAGAAAGGAGGGAUUACUGUUUUGAUUUGAAGGCAGUGAAGCCCAUUAGCUAGCACCGACUGAGCUGUCAGCUUCACUCCCGCGGUAACAAGAGUCUCCGUGCAAACGUUUUCAGUGAUUGAACUUUUUCUUAACACCUUCCUGUGACUUUGUCUGAACUCCGUUAAGCCCAAGAGGACGACCAAAAGGCAAAAACUGUCGAUGGGUUAAGUCAUAAGUUGCCAAUCAGUCCGUCUGCGAGGAUUUCGCUUCUGCUAUUUCGAGGCAUGCUCGAUGCUUGUUUCUGUGUCAAAAUGAGGAUUUCUGAGGAGGCGUCCAGCUCUGUAGUUCUGUGUAAUAUGUAAGUGAGGUGGGUCACCGAGGCCUGGGCCUGCCUGCCUGCCUGCCUGCUUGUUGUAGUGGGGCCUGGGUGAGGGAGGGAGGGAGGAUACACGUCCUCUGUACCGGAUCAACAGCGAUAAUUAGGGCUCGGAGAUUACCACUGUUUACGGAGUAGCUGAUUGGCCCGCACACGCUUUCUUUCGGAAUAAUUGAUGCGAUUUCCAAGCAGCCUGGAGCCCAGGUGGCGGGAACGGCAACCGUGCUGGACCAGAGCGUCUGGCAAACUUGGAUACUUCCAAAAGAUGACAGCUCGUUUUCCCAUGUGACAAGCGUCAGGCCAAACUAGAAGGAAGCAGACUUACAUCAACAGGGAAGGGGGGUGCCAACACGACCAUGAGGGACAAUUAGGGUCUCCGUUUUUAUUUAUUGAGGGGUGGGCGGGUUAUUUUUCAGUUCCUUUCUUUUGGUUUUGUCAUUGUUGGUUGUAGGUAGGUUAGAAGUUUCAGAUGUAACUCAGUGGAUUUCAGUCAGAUCCUUUUUGAAGCAGAAUGGUUGUAGAUAAAAGGACAGUGGAUGAAUAUAAAGCCCCAGCACUGCUAGUUUUAUGUUCACUAUUCCUUUUAUUAAUUGUUCUAUAGGCGCCUCUCAUCUUAGUGAAUGACUCUUUGCGGUACAACAGCUUCAAAUGUUACAAAAAUGAUGGCUGCAUACAAUGGUGGCUCUUCUGCCGUGGCUGCCCAUCACCCUCAUCACCACCACCAGCUGCAGCAUCUCCCGCCUCCACACAUGCAUCACCACCACCACGUGGGCCAGCAUCACUUGCAGCACCCGGGCUCCGCCGCUGCCGUUCACACCAUCCAACAGCACACCUCCACUGCUGCUGCCGCCGCCGCCGUGAUGCUUAACCCGGGACAGCAGCAACCUUACUUCCCUUCUCCGGCCCCCGGACAGGCCCCCGGGCCUGCGGCAGCGGUGGCUCCUGCCCAAGUUCAAGCUGCCGCCGUUAAAGCUCACCAUCAUCACCACCAUCACCAGCAGCACGCACACCACCUGCAGCAACAGCUUGAUAUAGAGCCUGACAGGCCUAUCGGCUAUGGUGCGUUUGGGGUUGUCUGGUCAGUCACAGAUCCCAGAGAUGGAAAACGAGUUGCCCUCAAAAAGAUGCCCAAUGUCUUCCAAAACCUUGUUUCUUGCAAGAGGGUAUUUCGAGAACUAAAGAUGCUAUGCUUCUUCAAACAUGAAAAUGUGCUGUCUGCUCUUGACAUUCUGCAACCUCCACACAUUGACUACUUUGAAGAAAUAUAUGUUGUGACUGAACUGAUGCAAAGUGACCUCCACAAAAUCAUCGUGUCACCACAACCUCUGAGCUCAGACCACGCCAAAGUCUUUCUCUAUCAGAUUCUACGAGGACUUAAGUACCUUCAUUCUGCUGGCAUUCUUCACCGUGACAUUAAACCUGGCAACCUCUUGGUCAACAGCAACUGUGUGCUCAAGAUUUGUGAUUUUGGAUUGGCACGAGUAGAGGAGACCGAUGAGUCCAGGCACAUGACCCAGGAAGUGGUGACACAAUACUACCGAGCCCCAGAGAUCCUGAUGGGGAGCCGACACUACUCCAACUCUAUCGAUAUCUGGUCUGUGGGCUGCAUUUUUGCGGAGCUACUCGGGCGAAGAAUUCUCUUCCAAGCCCAAAGUCCCAUUCAGCAGCUGGAUUUGAUCACAGACUUGUUGGGGACUCCUUCUAUGGAGGCGAUGAGGACAGCAUGUGAAGGAGCUCGUGCUCACAUUCUCAGAGGACCUAAUAAACAGCCAUCCCUUCCUGUUCUUUACACUCUGUCCAGUCAAGCAACACAUGAAGCUGUUCACCUCCUCUGCAGGAUGCUAGUGUUUGAUCCGUCGAAGCGGAUUUCGGCAAAGGAUGCCUUGGCACAUCCUUACUUGGACGAGGGCCGUCUGCGUUACCACACGUGCAUGUGCAAAUGCUGCUACACGACAUCGUCUGGCCGCGUUUACACAAGUGACUUUGAGCCUGUCACCAACCCCAAGUUUGAUGAUGGCUUUGAGAAGAAUCUAAGCUCUGUGAGACAAGUCAAAGAGAUCAUCCAUCAGUUCAUUUUGGAACAGCAAAAGGGGAGUCGAGUACCACUCUGCAUUAACCCUCAGUCAGCCGCAUUCAAGAGCUUUAUCAGUUCCACAGUGGCUCAGCCGUCUGAAAUGCCUCCUUCUCCACUGGUGUGGGAAUAGCUGCUGUAGUGAGUGUGGUCAUCUUUGCCAACUGUGAAGAUGCUCAAAUGGAAUCAUAAAAGCAUCUCAAUGUCAUCUGGGUAGCAUUUCACUGGAUAGAUAGUUGAACCCAAAGUUUUGUUGGUCACAUACUAAAAUAUCAGAAAAGGAAAAAAAAUUCCACUAACUACUGCUUUAUGCGGGUGAACUAGAAGGUUGCAAAUGCUCUGUAGGCCAAAUGUAUCAUCCACAAAGAUAACCUUUUAACAUCACACCGCUCCAUCGUGAAGUACAUUUGUUUUUAUGUACUGUAUAUAUUUGAAAACCAAUUUGUAUUUGAAAAAUGUGCUUUUAAUAUGACCUUUCCCCCAUGACAAGGCUUGUAUGUACUAGUACAGCUGUCUUUCCUUCUGCACUGUUAACAAAUUGGCAUGAAACACAACUGAUUUCAGACAAUCGAUUGUAGCUGCGUCAUAAGAUUUAAAGUUAGUUCUUCUGUGUUCUAGAUGCAGUGAUGAAUAUUCUGAUAGUUAGAGUAGGAGUUUCUUAAAUCCUGUAUCCCUCUACACAUUAUUUUGGGGGUAGUGACUAUUAUUUACCAAAGAGUUGAAAACACCUUUUGCAGCAAUAUGACGUGCAAAAUGGGUGUGUUGUUGGAUAUCAGGCCAAUUUUAAAGGAAGCAUUGUUAAAAUGGACAUUUUUGACAAAGGUGAAUAUGUUUUUGGGGUUAAAUCUUUCACUGUACCCAUAAAACGCAGUAUUUGUAUCUGUUUUCAGAGAAAAUAUUUGGAAAUAUCACAUUUCAGAUGUGAAUUAGAUUGCAGAAAUGGUAAUCAUUUUCAAAUGUAUGAGGUUUUACACUUAAAAUAAACAGUAUGCAUGGUGUUACGCAUGCAAUCGAAGAGAUUAUUUAUGCAAAUUUUAUGUGAGAGCCACUUACCAAUAUUUUCUUUUAAAUUGCUCAUGUGAAUUGAGUUGCACCAGAAAAUAUUAGCACAAGUUCUCCAAUGGCUAAAAUAAUUUUUACUAGCUCGCAUUGCUGAUAUUAUUAGCAUGCCGCUAUGCUGAAUUACACAUACAUAAUGUUUAGUUGAGCAGGCCUAACGCAAAACAUUUGGCUAUGAGAAAAAUAUUUAAAACGGGGGUGUCCAAACUACGGCCCACGGGCCUUAAAAAAAAAAAAAAAAAAAA